AUGGAUGAAACUUCCUCACUUGUUCAAGCGGAUCCCAUCACAAGGCUCUCUCCACCGAUGAAAGAUGACGUCCAAUUGCAACAGGUCAAAUAUAACAACUUCUACUCGCCACAUAACAACGACUUCUACACAAAGUUCCACUAUUCAAAAUUAGAUGAGAAUAGCAUCCGCCUCCUCCGAAUAAAACCACUCAACCCAGACGAGGACGACAGCGCUCCCAUUAGUUGUGACCUUCUCAACAACGUCUCACUCCCGGCCAACAAGGACAGUUACACCACUAUCUCGUACUGUGCUGGAGAUCCUAAGAAAGUCGAGCGUGUAAAUGUUAACGGCAUCGAUUUCAACGCCUUUUGCAACCUGGGCCAUGCCCUCCGACAAGCUCGUCACUUCUGGAAAGACAAGUACGACAAGCAAGAACUUCUCCUUUGGGCAGAUCAGAUUUGCAUCAACCAAAGUGACCACGAGGAGCGCUCGCAGCAAGUCAGCCUCAUGGGAGAUAUAUACGCCCUCGCGUCGCAAGUGCUUGUAUGUUUGUCGUCUAAGCAUGAUCCUGCUGGAGGCAUUGACUGGUUCCUCCGUCUCUCACGCAUUCAUCUAUUGGAGCACAAAUUCUCACAAGAGUCCCCACCAGGGUAUGAAAUCUACGAUGAUAACAUACGACUUCGUGAGUUUUUUGUGGCCAAAUGGGACAACGAAGACUUUCACCUUGGAUGGGAUGCUUUUAUUAGGACGGUGUUGACCAGUCCCUGGUGA